GCAACUAGUAAUUAAGGCUAUUGCAUUAUUAGAGAAUAUCAAUGUUAAAGUCCAUGGUGUAAUUACUGACGGUGCUGCAACUAAUAGAAAAUUUUGGAAUAUUGUAGGUGUAUCUGGAAAAAAAGAUGAUUUAAUUAAUGUUUUUAAUCACCCUACUGUAAACGGACGUUAUAUAUAUAUGUUAUACGUUAUAUGUAUUCUCAGAUACACCACACCUUAUCAAAACUAUUAGAAAUCGAUUAUAUAGUACAUCAUUACAGCUCAAUCCUGAUGAAAAACAUCAAAUGGGAUUAUUUCCGAAUAUUACAUAAUAAAGAUAAAUCGCUACCAGCUCUAAUACGAAUAUGUCCAAAAAUAACAACCAAUCAUUUAAUACUUACUAACGCAGCUAAAAUGAGAGUUCGUCUAGCUACUCAAAUUUUAGGGACAUCUCUUGAAAAACUAGAUGCUUGGGAGCAACAUGUCCUUGAUGGUACUAUUAAAGAGGAAAAUUUUUUAACGAGACAAACUGCUGAAGGUCUUCGCGUGACGAUAAAAUCAACAUUAGAUAUAAUAAAAUAUUUAACGACAAAUGCUGGUUUUCCCUCUGUUUUAACAGGCCGCUUGAAUCAAGAUUCAUUCGAGGUUUGAUAACAAAGCUCAUAUUUCAGUAAUCAUAAUGUUACAUGUAACAUAUAUAUGUUAGUUAAAAUUUCCUACUUAACAUGUAAAUGUUAUAUAACACACAUGUUACAUAAUAGCUACAUUGUUGAGUAGGAAAUUUUAAUUAACAUGUACGUUGCAUGUAACAUCGUAUUUGCUGGGAUAUAUCUCUAGGUAACAGAAUGACAUCUAAAGACAUCUUAAUGAUAUAUUAUUGACAUUAAAGGCGUCAUUAAUAAAUUAUUAAUGUCACUUGAUGUCAUUUUGUUGACUGGAUAUAUAUAUGUCUAUAUAUGCAAACAUUUAAUUAUGAAAGACAUAUGUAUAUAUAUAUCCAAUCCUAACAUUAUUUACAUGCUUAGAACAUCUUUGGGUCGUCCCCAGGAAAACCUUGCACUGUUAGAACAGUAUAUAAAAAAACAUUAGAUCAUCUUAAAAUAUUGAUUAUAAAAUCAAUCCAUCAAUUCACGUUUUUGAACAUAUGUUUCUUGAAUGUUUCGUUUCAUAUUUUUAAAAUAUUU